UUUGUUAAUUAGGCAAAACUGUUAAUUUGCAACAUUGUGUGAAAUAUUAAUUGAAUGCCACACGAUUUUUAAUGUUGAGAUAUAUGACGCUUCAAGGGCGUCAACAAAAUACUUUAACUGGGCAAGCAUAGAUUCUUUAUAGGCAAUUAAUUUUAAGUUGAAUUCUUUUUGAUGUUGUCAAAAUAAUCAAGUUGGUUCGUUUGGAUAUUUAUGUUAAUUUAUCUGCUGAUAACCUGCAAGUUGCAUGAAGUGCCAUGCUUAAGAUAUUAAAUGAACCCUGCUGCUAUUUUAGACGCUUGCUUUGCUGGUAAACCCUGCUCUAUAUUUGUCACCGGCUGCCAAACUGCUUGCACAUUAGGAAUGAAAGCUGAGGCUAAUUUUACUGCUAACGCACGUCCUAAAGCGUCCGUUGAAAUGAACAAGUAAAAAGAGAACAAACCUUCGAGAAUAAGCUGUUUUUACACAGCCUGCAUGCUAGUACUCACCUUUGAACAACCUGGGCUGGACAGAUCUGUGAAAAAGCCCACGGGUGAGUUUGUCUUUUGAGAGGGAAAUGGAAACCUGAAAACCUGAAAAAAAACAUCUGCCCAUCAGCUCAAAACUGCACGUGAUACAUUAUAGAAGGGGCGCAAGGGUUUUGUGAAAUGGACCUGUACACGACCGGAGACAGGUUGGAGGUCAUUGCUGAGGAGGACACGGAGACGGAGCAGGAGCCAGAGCCUGCGGAUGAGAAUCUCUGCAACGCGGAUGAAUGUGGAACUGCUGGCCAGUAUGGGAUGUGGGACAAGGCGGGUAUCGACGUGGAGCUCCCUACCAACGAACCGUACGUCCUGGUGGCGGAGAAGAACGGUGGGCCUCGCGGAUCAGGCGGAGAGAUGGUGUUGAUGGACCUCCCUGAUAAAAAGGAGACGAGUCCACCGGUGUCCACCUUCCAGCGUUUCUCGGUGGAAACCAAUGAGUCUUUGCGUUUCGAACCUUACAUCCCGUCGGACGAAGAAGAGCCGGGGCAGCUAAGGCAAGAGAGCGGGAACGCGGUGUACAGUGACGAGGUGUUUGAAGUGGAGCCGGGGACUGGAAGACCAGGUGGGAAAAGUAUUGGUGACCCUGCAGGAGGAGGAGCCGUGGAGGACCUCGCAGGUGCUGGUGAGCCGGAGGCUGCAGAUGUUUUCUGCACUGAGUGCAAAACUACUAUUCAGAGGCCUCUUGGACCUCACAAGAACCAUUGCCUUGUGCAGAUAACCAAAGCUUCAAUGGAAAUUAAGAAUGAUCUGUGUGCGAAGGUGCGCAAACUGGAGGAACAGAUCGCACAGAUGGAGAACUUUGCUGGCCACUUGGAGGAGAUAUUCAUCACUGUGGAAGAGAACUUUGGGAGACAGGAGCAGAACCUGGAACAGCACUACAACGAUGUGAUCCAGACCCUGACACAGCGCUAUGAUGAGCGGGCAUCAGGCCUGGAGGACGAGAAGAAGGUGAAACUGGAAACCUUGUACACCCAGCUGGUGGACUGUGGGAAGACCCUGGAUGUGUCCAAAGAGCUGAUUGAGGCCGCACAGGAAGUGUAUAGAAAUGAAGACAAGCUGGCUUUCCUUCAGGCUGUUAUUCCUACCAUAGACAGAAUAGAAGAUUUCACCAAGGAGGAGGUGGAUCUCAGCCUGGCUGCCAAUAUGGAGUUUGAAAAUUCUGUGGUAGAUUUGUCUGAUGUCAAGCAAAUGAUGGAAUCCAUCAACAUCGUACCAGCGCCCUCUGCACCGGUCAUUAACCCACAGGUCCCUAACUCGGCCGGCAGCACCUCAGUGCGCGUGUGCUGGAGCCUGUUCUCAGACGACACGGUGGAGUACUACGAGCUCCACUACAGACCUGUGCUGGAGGACACCACUGCAGAGGAGCCACCUGCUGAAGAAUCGAAGGUAAAGGUGAAGGAGACCUACCGCACGGUGACUGAUCUGCUGCCGAACGCGCAGUACGAGUUUUGGGUGACGGCCACCAACACCACCGGAAUCAGUCCUCCCAGCGAAAAGGCCGUGUACAUGACAGUGCCCUCCCCGCCCGUCAUCAAGCCCCGGGAAUGCGCCAGCUGCCCCAGCGCGGCUCUGAUUCGCUGGGAGUCGGGGAACACCAAUCCUGUCGACUCGUACACCGUGGAGCUGAGCGAGACCGGCGAGGAAACGAGCGACACCGUCACAGUCGCAGAGUCCAUCGUUGCCGUGCCCACCUGUGAGUGUUUGGUGCAGCUGCAGCCAGGGCGGCAGUAUUGCAUCAGCGUGAGGGCUGUGAACAUUGGCGGGCCCAGUGAGAGGAGCCACCCUGUCAAUGUACACACCACAGGCACGUUCUUCCACCUGCUGGAGGACACGGCACACCCCUGCCUGUCCAUCUCAGAGGACGGAUUCACCAUGUUCUAUGGGGACGAGGACAUACCCAUAAGUGACAUGAUCUUCAGUGACAACACAUUUGCCCAGUGCGUGGCAGUGCUGGGGGAGCUGAUUCCUGUCAGAGGAACGCAUUACUGGGAGGUGGAGGUGGAGGACCGCACAGAGUUCAGGAUUGGUGUGGCGUACCAGGACACCCAGAGGAACGGCUACCUGGGCGGGAACAACACAUCCUGGUGCAUGAGGCAUGUGGUCACGCCCUCCAGACACAAGUAUGAAUUCCUACACAAUGGCUGGACCCCAGACAUCCGCAUCACCAUCAACCCCCGACGGAUAGGAGUGUGUCUGGACUAUGAUGCAGGGAAGCUGUCCUUCUUCAACGCGUCCCUGUCCCAGCACCUCUACACCUUCGAGUGUCACUUCCUGCAUUACGUCCACCCCUGCUUUGCCUUAGACCACCCCGGCACGCUCACUGUCCACAACGGCAUCGAGGCCCCCGACUACGCCCGCUACACCUGAACCCCUCAAACCGAACUCUGCAGCCUUCAUACUCCACCCCACUGCAAGUCUGAAGCCAGAAAUAUAUACGAAUUUCAGAGUUGUGCUGUAAAAAAUACAUUUGUGAAUUAGCAUAUGUCAUAUACAAACCACGGAUAUUUACAUAUUCUGUUCUGGAUUCCCAUGGGAACAGGUGUACAACCCUUUUCCACAUCAGAAGUUUCAAGUCGAGUUGAAGUAUGCAUGCGUCAGCUGUACUUGUGCUAAUUUUAAAAAGAUGUUUUUUGGGGGAAAGGCAGUGGGGUGUCAUAAUAAAACCUGCCAUUCAUGGUAAAGCUAAAUCCUU